AGAGUGGACCGAGAAGGGAUUUCGGUAGUGGGCCUGUGCAGGAAGGUGAUUCGACCCAGGUCAGUUCAGACCAUGUGGAAACACUGGGGGACGAUAGAAAUUAAUAACGUAGAAGGAGGCGCCGUGGAAACUCGCUGCCGCCGGCGGUGAGAGCCCGCCGAGAAACGAGAUCAUUUUUUCCAAUGCGAGCGGCGGCGCCAGGAAAGGCAAGCAACUGAUAUCACUGCCACGUGGGCCCUUCCCCUUCGAGGAGCGGCGCAACCGCGCUUCGCGUUAUCCGAAUUCCGAAAAAAACCAACAGCGCGGGCGUGGGGUAACUGACGUGUGGGCCGAGAAACAUGUCGUCUCACCUCGCCGCGGCCGCUUCCGCCCUUCCUCUCCCUCUUCCUCCGCCGGCGGUCGCCGCGCCUUCCCGCGCCCUCCGAGCUCUAAUCCUGUCCCGGGGCGGCGCCGCCGCCGUAUGCUCCAGUCUGCGCCGCGGCGGCACGCCGGCAUGCCUCGUGCGUCGCCUGUGCUCCCACCACUCCGCCGCGGCGGCGGCGACGGCGUUGGAGGAGGCGCGGCGCGGGCGGAAGCAGCUCGGAAUGACGCCUGCGCUCUACGACUACCUCCUCGCCAACGUCCGCGAGCACCCCAUUCUCCGGGAGCUUCGCGAGGAGACCGCGGCUAUGAGGGGGAGCCAGAUGCAGGUUUCUCCCGCUCAGGCUCAGCUGUUGUCAAUGCUUGUGCAAAUCCUUGGGGCGCGCCGUUGCAUUGAAGUUGGUGUGUUUACUGGGUAUUCAUCAUUAGCUGUUGCACUGGCCCUUCCUGAAUCUGGUCACUUGGUUGCUUGUGAGAGGGAUGACAGAUGCCUAGAAGUUGCCAAGAAGUACUACCAACGUGCUGGUGUUGCACAUAAGGUAAUUGAUGUUAAUAUUCACCUCUUGUACCUUGGAUAGAAAGUUAAAUCAUUUUUUAUGAUUCUUAAGCCAGCUCUAGAUUUUUUUGCAUAACAAAGUAAAUAUGCUUAAAGUAGUCCAAUAACCUUUUUGUGCAAAUUUGAAAAUUCUUCCAAGCAAACUACUUUUCAAGCUCUUCUCUUUUAUUUUUUUAUAUCUGUAUCAUUGUUCUUAUAUUGUUUUCUGUGUGUCUUGACUAUUAAGUUCUGCACAGCAGUGCAGAAAACUAGAAAAAAAAUCUGGUACACCGCAUAUUGCAUCUUUUUCGUUAGAAAUCUAAUCUUCAUGAUACUAAGCACUUAAGCAGUAAUUCUCUUUCAUAACCAACUCUACGCAUUCAAAGCCGAAAUGCUAUCUGGAUCUGCCCUACAAUGAUUGAUGUGAAACAUGCUUUGGCUGCGGAUUCUCUAAGAUCUCUUCUUGAUUGCGGCGAAGCUUCCAG